AUAUCGUAUAGAGUAAUAAUAAUAUAAUAAUUUGCUCCUCGAGCGUGUAUACUAUAGCGGUAGAAACCUCUAGGUGGCUCAUAUUUAAUUAAUACUUCGGCACCACGCGCUCGAUAGGCGUUAAACUUGACACCAAAGACCGAUAUGGUACCCGAUACAACUUCGCUGGAGUGACUUAAAGAAGACGGACGUAUAUGCUGUCCGUAACCGAAAUUUUGCAUAUAACAUCUUAAGAAUCUUAAGAAAGAAUGGAAGAACUGUAAUUUGAUAUUCUAGGUAAUUAUUACGACGAAAAAAUGAAACAGAAAAGGCAGAAUAUCUAAUUUAACGAAAUUUUCUCUGCUCCGAUUGGAGACCCCUUGUUUUAAUAACUUUACAACGACUAUGUUGCUAAGACGUUAUCCUUUUAUUGCAAAUCAUUCGUCGUUAUUAUUUUUUAUUUUUCAUAAAUGCUAUUGCGCAGUUGCGGCAUUGAUAUCAUAGACGAGAGUCUUCGUUGGCGAGGAGAUAGCGAAGAGGAAGAGGAAGAAAGUACGCGCCGACGCCGAUUCGGUCUGAACAACGUCAGACUUUUUGCAGCAGUUUCUUACAAGGUGUUCUAGAGAAGCAACGAUCGAGACAAAUAGCAACAUCAUCGAACACAACAUAGACGAGAGUUGGAUCAUUAUAUUUGUUCUAUCGUAAUUAUCUUUAUAGAUCCAAAAUGGAGCUUAUAAAAAAACUUGGUAUCGGCGGUGGUGUACUCUUUUUUUUAGGUAUUACCUUUGGUUGGAUGGGGUUUCCUGCUCUUCUCAAAUCACAAAUCAAAUCGGCUAUAGCCCUAAAAGAGGGCUCCGAAAUGAGAGAAAUGUGGUCGAAGUUUCCAUUGCCUCUCGAUUUCAAGAUCUAUCUUUUCAAUGUAACGAAUCCAAAGGAAAUUGCAGAAGGAGGAAAGCCUAUCGUUAAGGAAGUAGGGCCAUUUUUUUACGAUGAAUAUAAAGAAAAAGUUAAUCUUGUGGAUAGAGAAGAAGAUGAUUCGGUCGAGUACAGCCUAAAAGCGACUUGGUACUUCAAUCCGUCGAAGAGUAACGGUCUGACGGGCGAGGAGGAACUUGUGCUUCCGCAUCUUUUAAUUUUAGCAAUGGUGGUGACCACUUUGAGAGAAAAACCAUCCGCUAUUGGAAUUCUUAACAAAGCGGUGGAUAGUAUCUUCAAAAAACCCGAUUCGGUAUUUGUGAAGGUAAAAGCAAGAGAAAUACUUUUCGAUGGUUUACCCGUGGACUGUUCGGUGAAAGAUUUCGCGGGUUCAGCUGUGUGUGGUAUUUUGAAAUCGGAAGGCAAAGAUUUAAUGAAUGAUGGGGAUGAUCAUUAUAGAUUUGCAAUAUUUGGUGCUAAAAAUGGAACAGUCUUGCCUGAAAGAUUGCGUGUAUUGCGCGGUAUUAAAAAUUUUAAAGACGUUGGACGUGUAUUAGAAUGGGAUAACAAACCAGCGUUGACCAUGUGGACUGCAGAUCAUUGCAAUGAAUUCAAUGGUACCGAUUCUACCAUUUUUCCACCUCUUAUGACAAAGGAAGACGACAUUGUAUCGUUUUCUCCGGAUAUAUGUCGUAGUUUGGGAGCUCGUUACUCGCAUGAAACUAAAGUCAAAGGUGUCAAUACUUAUCAUUACACCGCGGAUUUUGGAGAUAUGAGCACGAAUCCUCUCGAGAAAUGCUUUUGUCCUACACCAGAGACGUGCCUAUCGAAGAAUUUGUUCGACUUGACAAAGUGCGUGGGAGCACCCUUGAUCGCUUCUUUACCGCAUUUUUACUUAGCCGAUGAAAAAUAUAUUCAGGAAGUGGAGGGACUACAUCCAGAACAGGAGCUACACGACAUUAGUAUGGAUUUUGAACCAAUGACGGCUACACCCUUAAGUGCUCAUAAAAGACUCCAAUUUAAUAUACAACUGCAGCCUAUUGAAAAAUUCAAAUUAAUGAAGAAAUUUCCUGAAGUUUUGUUUCCUUUGUUUUGGGUCGAAGAAGGUAUUCUUCUCGAUGAUGAAUUUGUGAAAAAAGUAAAAGUUGUUUUUACAGCAAUCUCUGUGGUGGGAUUCGUUAAAUGGUUGAUGGUUCUUGGAGGAAUGGGUUUGGGUGGAACAGCGGCUGGUAUGCAUUACAAACGUAAACAAACAGAAAACAAACUAGACAUAACUAAGGUAACGCCUCAAAGUGACAGCAGGAAGGAUAGUAGUAACGAGAAAAAAUGGCAAACGAUGAAUAUUAGCACCAUACAGGCAGCAGCUGUUCCACCGAAUUUGGAUCGAUAUUAAAAUUAAUUUUCUUCGUUUUUACUUACCUCUUCGUAAUUUCAACAUAUUAGCAGACGAAUAAUGUUAAUAUUGUCGAGAAUUCGUUAAAGUCUUAAAUAAUGUUUGAAAAUUUGUAUAUAACAACGAAAUUAUUUCAAAUUCAUUUAAAAAGUGGAGUUUACGUGGAGCGAAGUCUCUUUUAAUUAAUAAUCUUUAAUUUCAAUGUCAAUUUAUAUAUUGCAAACUCGAGGAAAAUCACAUUCGAUGAAAUUCUAUCCUAUUAGAAAUUAACUUAGUUCAUCUUAUGAUUACGAUGUAACUUAUAGUUUUUAGUAUAU